GGAGAAUGAGGUAGUAAAUAUUAAGAAAGAAGUAAAGAAGAAGGGUGUUGGAUCAGGUGAAGAAGGAUCAUUAGUUCCAAUGAAUGUUUCCCAGUUUUUUAAGGACAAAAAUAAGAUAUCAAGAUCAUCUCCAUCAUUUAAAAAAGUAGUUUCUGAAGAUGGGAUUGAAGAAAGUUAUAUGGAUGAUGAAGAAUUUUCGUUUAGUCAAUCUGAUUUGCUUGAAUUUGAAGAAUUAGAUAAGAUUUGCAAGGAUGAAAUGAAUAAGGAUUCACCUGUUAAAAUGAAGGAUUCUGUGGGUUUUAAGGGAGGGUCUAAUGAUACAUCUUUACCAGUAGUUGAGGAUGCUUUUUCGAAUAUAAAAAAUAAAGAAUCUGUGGUUAUUUCUAAGAAAAAGAAUAAUAUUAAGGCCAAUAUUACACCUAAAAAAAAAUCAGGUUAUACGGAUUUAAUUACGAAUAAACAAGAGGAAAAUGUUGAUGAUGCUAAAAAUAUAGCACAAAAGGUUUUAAAUGAAUGUCCUUUAAUAUCUUUAUCGGAUCUUGAAAAUGUUGAGAGUAAGCGUCAUGAGUUUAAUGACUAUACAACACGUGCUCCCUUAGCGACAAAUGCUUCUAGGGAAAUACCUGUUGGAAAUGUAAAUUGUCUUUUUGGUCUAACUUUUGUUUUUACUGGUGUUUUGAAAACAAUUGAUCGUGAAGAGGGAUGUAAUCUUGUAAAAAGAUAUGGAGGAAAAGUGACAACAGCACCUUCUAGUAAAACAUCAUUUGUUGUAUUAGGGAUAGAUGCUGGCCCUAAGAAAAUAGAGGCUAUUAAAAAGAAUAAGCUGAAGACUAUAGAUGAAGAUGGUUUGUUUUAUCUUAUUAAGAAUAUGCCUCCUUUAGGUGGAGAUACUAAGGCUGCUCAAAUUGCAGAAAAAAAGAGGAUAGAACAGAAUCUUGAAGUGGAGAAAAUGGCGAAAUUAUUGGCUCCAGAGACUCGAGAAAUUCAGAAAGCUCAGUCAUAUCAACUUUGGACUACGAAAUAUGCACCUCGUAGUCUUAAAGAAAUAUGUGGGAAUAAAGGUUUGGUAGAAAAAUUACAAAGAUGGUUACGUGAUUGGGACCAAAAUCGUAUUGCUAAUUUUAAAAAGCCGGGAUCUGAUGGAAUGGGGUUUUACCGUGCUGUUCUUAUAUCAGGUCCACCUGGUAUUGGAAAAACUACAUCAGCACAUUUAGUUGCGAAAUUAGAAGGCUAUGAUGUAUUAGAAUUUAAUGCAAGUGAUACAAGAAAUAAGAAACUAUUACAAGACUCGUUGAUUCGAAUUUAUAAUAAUACAUCACUUAAUGGAUUUUUUACUCAUGAAGAAACAACAGGAAAAAGGAACAAACUUGUUUUGAUCAUGGAUGAAGUGGACGGAGUAUCUGCUGGUGAUUAUGGAGGAAUUGGUGAACUUAAUUCUUUUAUUAAAAAAACUUUGGUACCUAUAAUAUGUAUUUGUAAUGAUAGGGCUUCAAGGAAGCUUUUACCUUUGGAUAGGACAGUAUUUGAUCUUAGAUUUCGAAGGCCUGAUGUCAAUUCUCUUCGUUCUCGAAUAAUGUCUAUUGCAUUUCGUGAAGAUUUAAAACUAGAGCCUCAAGCAAUUGAUCAAUUAGCCGAAAUUACUAAUGGCGAUAUUCGCCAAAUUAUAAAUAUUCUUUCGUCUUGGAAAAUUAGUCAGACUUUUAUGAGUAUGGAUGAUGGGAAAAAUGCUGCAAAGGCUGCAGAAAAACAUAUUGUUAUGAAUCCUUGGGAUGUAGUAGGAAAAUUUCUAAGCGGAGGUAUAUUUAGGCAUACUAGUAAAUUUACAUUAAAUGAUAAAAUUGAACUUUACUUUAACGAUCAUGAACUUUCACAUUUAAUGCUCCAAGAAAAUUAUUUAAAAACACGACCUGAUCUAUUAAGUUCUACUACUAAUUUGAAGCAAAAAAAUCAUGAGCAUUUAAAAUUAAUAGAAAAAGCUUCUGAGUCUAUUUCUUAUGGCGAUAUUGUUGAUUCUAUGAUUCAUGGACCCCAACAACAUUGGAGUUUAAUGCCUAUGCAUGCUGUAUUUUCAUGUGUUAUUCCUUCAUUUUAUGUUUCUGGAUUUUCUACAUCCCAAUAUUCGUUUACUUCGUUUUUGGGUAAUUUAUCUAAAGCUAAUAAACUAAUGAGAUAUUUGCAGAGCAUUCAGGCUCAUAUGUCUUUGAAAACAAGUGGAAAUUGUACUGAAAUUCGAAAAUUUUAUAUAUCAUUAUUAUUUGAUCUUCUUUUACGAAGACUUGAAAUUAAAGGACAAGAUAUAAUUCCAGAUAUUAUUAAACUUAUGGAUGAAUAUUUUCUUUCUAAAGAGCAUUCUGAAUAUAUUUUAGAAUUAGGUAUAGGACCAAAUAAUGCGAAUCUUUUAAAAAUUCCAUCACAAACGAAAGCUUCUUUUACAAAACAAUAUAAUAAAACUAAUCAUCCUAUUCCAUUUUGUGAUACUUUUGAUUCAGUUAAAUCUGGUGUUGUAUAUAAUAAACCUGAUUUAGAAGAUGCUUUGGAAACAAAUUCACAUGAACCUCAAGAGCACAUUUCUGAUAAUGAAGAUGAUUUAGAAAAAGACAAACUUGUUAUUGAGAGUGGAAAAAAAGGGAAAAGGUCUUCUAAAGUUACAUCUAAAAAGAAAAAAAAAUAACAAUUUUGACAAAAAUUAUAUAUCAUAUAAAUUAUAAUGUGUUA